UGCAACUCAACCACCUAUAUACUCUCUCCUCUUUCGAAAUCUUCAAGAAAUUUGCAUAGAAAAUAACAUCGCAUAUAGUGAUAUCGAAAAGGAUCGAUCACAAAAGCCAAUAAGAAGAAAAACGAAGAAGAUGGAUGGAUAAUACAGGAUUCAUUUGAACCUAAUCUCCUUGAUGAAGAUGGACGGUUCAACCACAAGCUCAUCAUCUCCGUACGAUUCUUGUCGGCUUCUGAAGUGUAUCUUCUCUGCUAAUAACGAUGAUGGCGAUGAAUGGUAUCGAGAGCUAUCAUUCGAGGCCAGAGUUGCAGCGUACAUCAUAAUUUUGGGGACCAUAAUAAUAAUCAUUUUCCUGAUACUGAAAUUCCUAAGCGAAUACGACGCCGAGUUCAGCACGGAUAGACUGCCGGAGCCUGCCGGAGAAGGCGCCUCCGUUACAACGCCGUUGAUGUCCGUGAAGUCUCCGUUAACGACGUACGGAACGGGGAAAGGGGACGGAGAAACGGCGUCGUUCAGUUCGUCGGAGGACGUGUACAAUGAGAAGUUGUGCGUCAUAUGUUACGAGGAAUGGAGGAACUGUUUCUUCGUGCCGUGCGGGCAUUCUGCCACGUGCCGAGGCUGUGCUCGGAAGCUGAUGGAGGCAGAUACAAGGGUCUGUCCGAUUUGUCGGAGAGUGAUACGGAAAUCAAGAAGAACAUGGUUUAGGUUUUGAAAACGAUGUCGUUUCGUAUAAGCAAACUCUUUUGUUAGUGUUAUCAACAAGGAAAAUAUGAAUUUGUGUGUGAUGUUUUGGUAAUGAAUUGAUGAAAAAUAUGAUUGAUACAUCCCUUUUUUUACUGCUAAAAUUUAA